AUGGGUCCAGCUAACCCCAAAGCCUGGGAUGAGCUCAUGUAUAAAAUCGAUUUAGGUUACCAGUCCUUCUGUUUUGGGAAAUGGGCUAAAAUGGAGUCCCAUUGUGUAUAUUGCAAGCAAAUGGUAUAUACCCCUAAGGACUGCCAAGAAAUACCAACUAUUAGUAAAACGUGUUAUCUAUGUGAUAGACGAGGGCAUCUCGCUCGCCACUGUCCCCGAUCUCAAGAUAACUCUAUUGCCUCUUCCAAAAAACGAGUUCGUAACGAAGAGGAACCUUUUAACCAAGUCUCAAUUAGGGCUGAAGAUACCGAUGAAACAACUGGCACCGAACCCAGUUCCACCGUCGAUGAAGUAACCCACAAGAAGGCCCGUCAUCAUCGUACUUCCCAACCAAUUACGUUGGUAUCCGAUAAUGAAUCUAUGAUGAACGUUUCAGAGGAUGAUGCGGAUAGAUUAAACGAUGCCGAAGAGCUUUUCAUGGUAACCAAUCAUGUAUCAGCAAUUGUUGAAAACCAAACUACCAACAAAGCCAGUAACCCGACGACGACUUUCUCUAAAGUUACCAGUUCUACUAUCAGCAAAAACCUAGUCUCUCCUCGAGCUAAUAAAGGUGUCGCUGCCGUAAAAUAUGACCCUUCCUCCUCUCAACCGACAUCGUCCUUCCGGAAGACGUCUGCCUGA